AAGGGCGACAGAAACAAAGAACAUUUUAGAACCAAGAUAAUUACUUCCUUACUCGCAACAGCUGUAGUUGGUGCAACAUAGCUCGCGGCGCUAAAAAAUGAAAUAAUGAAAAAGACCCAACAAACUAUAAGCUAUAUAAACUAUAAACUUUUAAAUAUUCGUCAUUUGACGAUGGACGAUAAACUCUUGUUGAAUGACACAUUUGGUGGCUCGUUGCUAGCUACUUCCGCGCACACAAACAAAUUAUCAUCUUGACCAACUAUCUUUGUUUUUGUAAAAAAAGUUUUGCCUUGCUGAAAUUAGGUCGUGCUGUAAAAGGAACAGGAAAGAGAAGUUAACUUGCUCAACUUUGCAUGCGUGUCAGUGUCACCUUGUCAAGAUGAAGCUGAGUGGCGUCUUGGCGUGUGUGUUUGCGAUUUGCUCUGGGGUGUGUUGGGGGGACACCCCGGCCAACUGCACCUACGAGGACCUGUUGGGGACAUGGGUGUUCCAGGUUUCCCGUGGGGGCCACGACAAGACCAUCAACUGCUCCGCUGAAGGCACAGGUGAGAGCAUGGUGACAGUGACCCUUGAGAAGCUGUCUGUGGCCAAAGAUGAGCUGGGAAACAGUGGCUUCUUCACCCUAAUCUACAACCAGGGUUUUGAAGUUGUCAUCAAUGGCUACAAAUGGUUUGCAUUCUUCAAGUACGCAGAAGAAGGCCCGAAGGUGACCAGCUAUUGCGACCAUACGCUACCAGGAUGGGUGCAUGAUGUCCUGGGCAACAACUGGGGCUGUUUUGUUGGGAAGAAAAUGAAACCAGUAGCAGCACAGGUUUACAAUAAACCAGUCUUGAGCUCCAGGCUCCUCAACAGGCCUUUUAUACCGAACCACGGCGUCAUUGAGUUCAUUAACUCGGCGGCCCAGAACUCUUGGAAGGCUGUCUCCUACCCAGAAUAUAAGAUGUACUCGCUGCAGGAGCUGCACUACAGAGCAGGAGGACCCGCCUCCCGCAUUCCUGUCCAUGUGCCCCCGACACCCGUAACAGCCCAAGUAGCCAAGCUGGCAGCAGCUCUGCCAAAGCACUGGGACUGGAGGAACGUCGAUGGCGUGAACUUUGUCAGCCCUGUGCGAAACCAAGCUUCAUGCGGUAGCUGCUAUUCCUUCGCCUCCAUGGGGAUGUUAGAGGCUCGCAUCCGAAUCCUAACCAACAACAGUGAGGCACCCGUACUCAGCCCCCAACAAGUGGUCUCCUGCUCAGAAUUUUCCCAAGGUUGUGAUGGUGGAUUUCCAUAUCUGUUGGGAAAGUACGUCCAGGACUUUGGUAUUGUGGAUGAAUCUUGUUUUCCAUAUGUUGGAAAGAACACUCCGUGCGGCCUCCCUCAAAACUGCGGCCGCACCUACGUAGCGGAGUACAGCUAUGUGGGAGGAUUUUAUGGUGGCUGCAGUGAGGCUGCCAUGAUGCUGGAACUGGUCCAGAACGGCCCUAUGGCGGUGUCCUUUGAGGUGUACCCAGACUUCAUGCAUUACAAGGAGGGCAUCUACCACCACACGGGCAUAUCCGAUUCCUUCAACCCUUUUGAGCUGACCAACCACGCCGUGCUGCUGGUUGGCUACGGCCGCUGUCACAUGACUGGCCAGAAGUACUGGCUUGUUAAGAAUAGCUGGGGCACCAGCUGGGGAGAGGGUGGCUACUUCCGAAUCCGCCGGGGAAGUGAUGAGUGUUCCAUUGAAAGCAUCGCAGUUGCAGCCAAGCCUAUACCCAAACUCUAGAGGCCUUCUUUUUUUUAUUUUUUUAGGAUGCGCUGUAAGGGAGCUCUCAUUCGAGCUGCAUUUUCAAACCCACACAUUGUUUUUUAGUGCAUGCGUGGGUUGACACUUUAAUGACUUAACAGUAUUCUAAAAUGGAAAUCACAAGUAUGCUGGUUAGUUUCGGUUUCAGGUCCACUUGCAAAAAGCACCUUCACAAGUGGGUUAUGAUUGCAAAUUGCAUGUGAUGUUUUUAAAAUCCAAUUGAUUUCUCCUCAGUGAUUGACGAUUUUUAGUGUGGGUUGUACCCACCGAUUUGAAGCUGUGUAAAAAGAUUGGUCAGGUGAGAUUAGUUUGUAAAUUCUGCCUGUCAGGGUCUUGUUUGUCUCAGGGCAACCCAAUGCAUGUUCUUUUGUUAAUGUAUCAUUUUGAAAACAUUUACUGUACGUGUGCUUUUAAUACUAGUAAAGAGAGACCAUAAUUGAAAGAAAAAGUCUGUGAAAAAAA